AUGAAGACCUGCCUGCCUGCCUUUCUGCAGCUGGCUUGCUUACUCUACUUGCAGUGGCAGGUGGUCUCGGAUAUGGUGAUGGUCCAGAGUGGCAGGUACCAGGCUGGAGUGACGGGUAGUCUGGCGGGCGACUGGAGUGGCAGGCGACUGGAGUGGCAGGUGACUGGAGUGGCAGGCGACUGGAGUGGCAGGCGACUGGAGUGGCAGGCGACUGGAGUGGCAGACGACGACAAGCUCACCAUCGCCAUCUCGUUCGAUUCGUUGACUGGAUCCCAACUGGCGAAACUGGCGAAACUGGCGAGCCCAUCUACUCGGCAGUCACGGCCGUUCAACCAAGAUGGGCUCAUCUUCAUCCUCAUCCGGGGGGGGGAUGGGGGUGGCGUGAGCGCGAAUGGGGACCGCUAA